ACGAAUCAUACCAGUUUUUUCAGAGGUUGUUAAAAUCUUAUACUUUUAUGACAUUUUUGCCCCUACACUAUUUCUAUAAAUAUCUUAUUGCAUUUCACCCUUUUCCUGCUGCCUUUUGCUUGCUAUUCUAGGGACAUCUCUUUGCAUAAAUAAUAUUUCUUAUUUCUUGUGAGUAAUUUAAAUUAAUUAUUUUCAAUUUAAAGGAAGAUUUAGAAAAACAGGGAAAUUUCAGAUUUUUCCACCAUUUCAAUUCUUAUCAGCUACAAAUGGAGUCCCAACUUUCUGAAAGGACAUAUAUGAAUGCACGAAGACGGCGCAAUGGCUACAACUCUGUAGCAGAGAUUAUAGAAAAAUGGAAAAUCCAAAAUCAACAUUUUGGUUCAACCGUAGUAGAACUGAAGAAGAGCACCCGAAAGGGUCCAGCAAGAGGGUCAAGAAAAGGGUGUAUGCCGGGGAAAGGCGGUCCUGAAAAUUUGGGGUGUACAUUCAGAGGAGUAAGACAGAGGACUUGGGGCAAAUGGGUAGCAGAAAUUCGUGAACCCAUCAACAACAAAUCUACAGGAUAUGGUAACAAUCAACAAAGUAAGCGUAGUAAAAGGUUGUGGCUUGGUACUUUCUCUACCGCCGUAGAGGCAGCCUUGGCUUACGAUGAAGCAGCCAAGGCUAUGUAUGGCCCUUCAGCGAUCCUCAACUUUCCUCUUCAGAGUGAAGAGCAUGAAGAUCAAGUUUUGUACGGCUCAAAUAUGCAAUCAACAGCUUCCGAGUCUACUGAAGGGUCAGAGCAUUACAAAGGAUUCAAUGAAGAGCUCAAGUCGCCUUGUGUCUCCCAAGUGACAGAUGGUGGUGGAGCUAAAGAAGAAUCUGCGAUGGGAUCAAAUUCGAGUGACGGGAGUUACUUGAAUUUAGGGUUUGAUUACACCCAUGACUGGGUGAUGGAGCCACUAGAUGGGUUUGGGGGUGGUAAUUAUGGGCUGAAGCAAGAAGAUGAGUAUGAGUUUGGUCAGCAGGGAUUAUUUUUCAGCGACUUUUUGUUUCAACAAAGCAAGUCAUCAGAUGUAAUGCCGAGCUACAAGAUACAGCAGCCUUUGAGUGGACCUUUAGGAAUUGAUUUUAUCAGUUCUUCAGAUUUUUUAAGGCCUAAUACCAAUAUUGAUGGUCUACACUAGAAGGCAACAACACAGGCAAAAUUGAGCUCAUACCAUGAGGAGCAACGUUCAAUUACGGUUUUUUUCAUGCUUAAGAGUUUUUUUGGGGCUGCUUCCCGCGAUUGAGUAGAGGAGUUGACCAAAGUUUCACUUUUUAGGAUCAAUAGAUUAAACUUGGUAAUAAGGUUUGGUAAUGCAAAGGAUUGAAAUGUGUUGGAUUUUUAC